CGCGCAGGGACAGCGGCGCGGAGUCCCGCGUCCGGGCCAGAACUUACCGCACGGCUUUCCGUUGUUCUCACUCAAGUGUGUGCGUUCUCAGCCGCGUCCGCGCGCGCCGAGAUGGCGGUUGCGGGGCUGGGGCCGCGGGGCGCGGGGCCGCGGGAGCCGCGUUACCCCGGCGCUGGAGGCGGCCCCCGGGGCCUGGCCUGGCGCUGAGCGGCUUUUCCCGCCGCGGAGCGAUCGUCCCGAGGAGGCGGCGGCCCCGGGGACUCACGCACCGCUCCGGAGGGUCGCCUUCCACCGAGACCAGCGCGCGAACAUGAGGUUCAACCCCGUCAUCCAAGCGGCCAUCGACCUCACGUCGGGGGCCCUCGGGGGCACCGCGUGUGUCCUGACCGGGCAGCCCUUCGACACCGUGAAAGUGAAGAUGCAGACGUUCCCCGGCCUGUACCAGGGCUUCGCCGACUGCUGCCGCCAGACGUACGCGCAGGUCGGCCUGCGCGGCUUCUACAAGGGCACCGGCCCCGCGCUCAUGGCCUACGUCGCCGAGAACUCCGUCCUCUUCAUGUGCUACGGCUUCUGCCAACAGUUUGUGAAGAAAAUGGUGGGGCUGGACAAGCAGGCCAAGCUGAGCGACCUGCAGACCGCGACCGCCGGCUCCAUGGCGUCCGCGUUCGCCGCGCUCGCCCUGUGCCCCACUGAGCUGGUCAAGUGCCGGCUGCAGGCCAUGCACGAAUUGGAGAAGUCAGGAAAGAUCGUCCAGAGCCACACCACAGUUUGGUCCGUGGUGAAGGGCAUCCUUCUGAAGGAUGGCCCCUGGGGCUUCUAUCACGGCUUCUCCAGCACGCUCCUGCAGGAAGUACCGGGCUAUUUCUUCUUCUUCGGCGGCUAUGAACUGAGCCGAACGGUCUUGGCCUCGGGGAGAUCAAAAGAUGAACUGGGGCCCGCCCAUUUGAUGUUAAGCGGUGGGAUUGCUGGGAUUUGCCUCUGGCUUGUCAUAUUCCCCGUGGAUUGUAUCAAAUCCAGAAUUCAGGUUCUUUCCAUGCAUGGAAAACAGGCGGGGUUUGUCAGAACUCUUGUAAGCAUUGUGGAAAGUGAGGGGAUAGCAGCCUUAUAUUCUGGACUGACAGCUACUAUGAUUCGAGCGCUACCUGCCAAUGGGUCACUGUUUUUGGUUUAUGAAUACAGCAGGAGGAGGCUGAUGAGCCAGGUGGAAGCAUACUGAAGUGUCUUGGUGAACCUGGAUCCACAUGUACACACCUUUGAGGACUGUAGUUUAUCUCAGGUUUUCAUGGAGUACUGGACUAAAAGAGAAGAAAGGAGAGGGAGAGAGAAACAUUCAUGUAAGAGAGGAACAUCAAUUGGUUGCCUCCUGCACACAGCCUGGCUGGAGAUCAAACCAAAACCUGCGUAAGUGCCCUGAUCCAGAAUGGAACCAGCAACCUUUUGGUGCAUGGGACAAUGCUCAACCACUGAGCAACACUGCCUGGGCACCUUUUCCAAAUUUUUAAGAUGUCUAUUGAUGAGUCAAAGUCCUUGAUUAAUGCAGUCAAAUUUUUAUUACUUAGUAAUCCUUUAUUCUAUGGUCAGUGUCUUUUUAAAGAAGUUAUUUCUUCACCGAAGAUCUAAACUUUAUUUACCUAUAUUUUCUACUAAGAGCUUUAAAGGUUUUGCUUCUGUUUGUGGGAGAUUUUUUUUUUUUUUUGACAUUUAAGUCUUAAAUCUAUUUGGAGUUUAUUUUUAAAUUAAGACUCAAUUUAAUUUUUUUCUGUAUGAAUAACUAUUUUUAAUUGGGCAUCUCAUCUUUUCUCAUUGAUCUGUAUUAUAGACUGAAUGUGCCCCCCUCCUCUCCAAAUUCAUAUAUUGAAGCCCUAACCCCCAAUAUGAUGGUGAUAGGAGGCGGAGCCUUUGGGAGGUAACCAGGCCUGGCUGACAUUAUAGGACAGAGCUCCAUGAUGAGGUUAGUGCCUUUAUAAGAAGAGGAAGAAACACAAGAGUCGCCCCUCUCAGCCUUGUGAAGAUACAGAGAACCCUGCAGUCUGCAAGCCAGGAAAAAGGCCCUCAUCGAGAACCCAGUCUGCUGGCGCCUUGAUCUUAGACUUCCCAGCCUCCAGAAUUGUGAGAAAUAAACACCUGUUGUUUAAGCCACUAGCCCAGUGAUGGCGAACCUAUGACACGCGUGUCAGAGGUGACACGCGAACUCAUUUUUU